AUGCCCGGCGGGCCCUGGGGGCUGCUGCUGGCGGCGGGCACGCUGGCGGCCGCGCUGGGCCCCGGGCCCCCGGCCGGCGCCGACCCCUGCCGGGACGAGCGCGGCGCGCCCCGCGGCUGCGUGCCGGGCCUGGUGAACGCGGCGCUGGGCCGGGCGGUGCUGGCGUCCAGCACGUGCGGGAGGCCGGCCACCCGGGCCUGCGACGCCGCCGACCCGCGGCGGGCGCACCCGGCGGCCCUGCUGACGGCGGCGGCGGGCGCCGGGGCCCCCGCGUGCUGGCGGUCCGCCCCGCUGCGCCGCGCGCCCCUCAACGUGAGCCUGACGGUGCCGCUGGGCGCGGCCUUCGAGCUGGUCUUCGUGAGCCUGCGCUUCUGCGCCGCGCCGCCCGCCUCGGUGGCCCUGCUCAAGUCGCAGGACCACGGCCGCAGCUGGGCCCCGCUGGGCUUCUUCUCCUCCCACUGCGGCCCGGACUACGGCCGCCCGCCCGCCCCCGCCGACGGCCCCGGCGGCCCGGGCCCCGAGGCCCUGUGCUUCCCGGCCCCCCGCGCCCAGCCCGACGGCGGCGGCCUCCUGGCCUUCAGCGUCCAGGACGGCGGCCCGCCGGGCCUGGAUCUGGACCGCAGCCCCGUGCUCCAGGACUGGGUGACCGCCACCGACAUCCGCAUACUGCUCACGAGGCCCGCGACGCCCGGGGCCGCGGGGGCCGCCGAGGCCGCCGUCCCCUACUUCUACUCGGCCGCCGAGCUCCAGGUGGGCGGGCGCUGCAAGUGCAACGGGCACGCGGCGCGGUGCCUGCCCGACGGCGGGGGCCGCCUGCUCUGCGACUGCCAGCACGGCACCGAGGGCCCCGACUGCGGCCGCUGCAAGCCCUUCUACUGCGACCGGCCGUGGCAGCGCGCCACGGCCCGGGAGGCCCACGCCUGCCUGGCUUGCUCCUGCAAUGGCCACGCUCGUCGCUGCCGCUUCAACAUGGAGCUGUACAGACUCUCGGGCCGCCGCAGCGGGGGCGUCUGCCUCAACUGCCGGCACAACACGGCCGGCCGGCACUGCCACUACUGCCGGGAGGGCUUCUACCGGGACCCGGGCCGGGCGGCCAGCGACCGGCGCGCCUGCAGAGCCUGUGACUGUCACCCCGUGGGUGCUGCUGGCAAAACCUGCAACCAGACCACAGGCCAGUGUCCUUGCAAGGACGGUGUCACUGGCCUCACCUGCAACCGCUGCGCCCCGGGCUUCCAGCAGAGCCGCUCCCCCGUGGCCCCCUGUGUCAAGACCCCUGUCCCUGGACCCACGGAGGACAGCAGCCCCGUGGACGCACAGGAUUGUGAGUCACACUGCAGACCAGCGAGUGGCAACUACCGGAUCAGCCUGAAGAAGUUCUGCCGGAAAGACUACGCGGUGCAGGUGGCCGUGGGCGCGCGCGGCGAGGCGCGCGGCGCGUGGACGCGCUUCCCCGUGGCGGUGCUCGCCGUGUUCCGGAGCGGCGAGGAGCGCGCCCGGCGCGGGAGCAGCGCGCUGUGGGUGCCGGCCCGCGACGCCGCCUGCGGCUGCCCGCGCCUGCAGCCCGGCCGCCGCUACCUGCUGCUGGGCGGUGGGCCGGGGGCCGCGGCCGGGGGCGCGGCGGGCCCGGGGCCGGGACUCAGCGCCGCCCGCGGGAGCCUGGUGCUGCCCUGGAGGGACGCGUGGACGCGACGCCUGCGGAGGCUGCAGCGGCGCGAGCGGCGGGGGCGCUGCGGGGCGGCCUGA